AUGCGCCGACUUGAAGCAGCAUUCGACUGGUAUGGACGGCUGAUCGCUAGACACCCAUUGCCGUUUUUGGUGAGUUAAUACUGCAUUUUUUGUUGAUAAAAUAGUUUUUUGGGUUUGUUGGCUUUGUUUUAAAUUUGUUUUUGAAAUUUUGCUAUGGAAGGCUAGGGUAAUAUAAUGUUUUGAAGUUUUGCGGGUUAAUUUUUGGUGUCAAUAUUAAUAAUUUGUGUUAUAUCUUCUUGCAGACUGUAAAAUAGAUAUGAGAACAUUACUAAAAACCUCCUUUAGGGUCUCUGGGUUAUAAGAAUUAAGUUUUUAGGUAACAAAAUGUUGAAAAACAUAAACUAUCCGGGUAUUUUGUAGGUAUACUUCCAUUAAAAUCAAGUUUUCUAUAAAAUUAAAUGUUUUUUGGUAAAAUACGCGUUUGACCAGUGUUAGUUUACAACUAAUAGUUUUUUAGGUGUUUCCAAUUCUCACAACAUUGAUCUCAUGUGUCGGACUAUUCAAUUUCCAUUCACAAGAUGACAUUUGGGACAUUUAUGCGCCAUUAAACGCUUUAAGCAGGGUGGAAGAGCAUGGAAUGAACAGAUUUGAGCACAUCUCAGCUACUCAUCAUUAUCGGGUAUGUUUAUCAUUGUGAUACUUAAAAUUUUGUAGAAAUUAAAAAAAAAUUUUUUUGUUUGAAAUUUUAAAUUUAAAAAAUUUUUUAUUAAAUUUUUAUUAAAUAUGUUAUAUUUCAGAUCCAAGUGCUGGUUGACCGAAAAGAUGGUGGUAAUUUGAUGACACAUGAGGUACUCAAUGAGCUAGCCGCAGUAAAUCGAUUUAUUGUCGAAAAUGUUACAGUAACCGACGGGAAACGGCAUUUCAACUACGAUCAAAUUUGCGGAAUCUACUGUAAUGAGAGCAAUGCUCUUGUCAUUGGAUUUAUUCAGGUAUGUUUCUCCUCUUAUUAUACACCUACUCUUAAUUUGCAUUUCGUCUACCUAGUAUCGAUUUUUUAAAUUUUAUUAUUAAACCUUACUUUAUCUUAUAUUACACUUUUAGGCAGCCAUGAACAAUCCAGAAGGAUCAACAAACUUUGUUCUAACUUAUCCAACCGCUGUUGCUUUGAGUAACAGUGUCUUCCUUGGGUAUUCAUUGGGAGGCUUGACAACCAAGAAGGUGGAUGAUAUGGACGUUGUGGACUCUUUCAACCUGUUCAUUUUGCAUUAUAUGGUAAGAAUGAUAUCUUAAAUACAUUUGAAGGUUAUUUUGAGUGUUUUACUGGUUUUGUUUGGGCAUUAAAGUGAUCGUUUUGAGGCCAAGCUGAGAGGAGAAGACUUGAUAUUUUAAUAUUAUCUUGGUUUGAAGGGUUUUUCUGUGCUUUUUUGGCCCAACUUAAACAGAUAUUGAUGUGUAUUAGCUAGAUUUUUUAUUAUUUAACCUAGAAAAUCCAUAUUUUUUACUAAAAAUAUUACUUUAGGUCGAUCUAAACCUCCCAAAUGGAAAGCAACUUCGUGACAACCUAGAAGACAAGCUUCUCCACAUUUUCGAAGCCGCUACCGAAGAAUCCGAAGCUCUAAACUUUGCUUUAUUAAGCAGAAACCGUGAGCUCUACGAACAACGUCAAAUUACAAUCACAGCGAUUCCAUUUCUGGGACUUACUGGUGCUGUUCUAACUGCUUUCAUGGUAGUAACACUGUUGGAUGACCCAUUGUACAAGUCUCAAUGUGUUGAGGUGAGUUUUUGGAGGUUGUAGGCUUAUUUUAUGGUAUAUGAAGGUGAUUUGGAUAGUUUUUUGGUUGGUCAAAAAAUUUAUAGAAUGGGGCUUUAUAUCUGAGCUUGGUCCCCCCUGUGGAUUUUUCGAUGAAUUUUUUGACCGAAAAUUUCAAAAAAUAAAUUUUUAUUUUCAGGCGGUUUUUGGAGUAAUAUCACCUGGAAUGGCUCUGAUUACGACAUUUGGCAUGGUAUGGGCAGCUGGUCUCCCGUUCUCGAACAUUCUCACUGUUGUGCCAUUUUUGGUCAUUACUAUUGGAAUCGAUGACGCUUUUUUGAUUUUGGCCGGAUGGAGACAGUCAAAGUGAGUGAUCUAGCCUUAGUUUACUUUACCUUACCCUACUUGACCUUACAUUAUAUUAAAUUACCCUACCCUACCUUGCUCUAUCUUAUCCUACCUUACGCUGUGCGCUGUCUACCUAUCCUACAUUACCUUACUAUAAUAUGAUAUUUUCAGUCCAAACGCAGACUUCUCCACUCGAAUGGGUGAAAGUCUGGCCAAAUCAGGAGCGUCAGUAUCAGUUACUUCAAUAACUGAUGUGUUAUGUUUUGGAGUUGGCAUCAUCUCUAACAUGCCAGUAGUACAACUCUUCUGCAUUUACGUCUCUAUAGCUUUGGCUGUGGACUUUAUUUUCCAAAUCACCUUCUUUGCUGCUAUUGUCGCUUACUGUGGUAAAAGACAAAUGGAGAUAGAAGAACAUGUUAAGAAUGGUAGUACUGAGAGCUCGGUAAGUUUUUUGGGAAAUAUUAUUGUGUUCAAUUAAUUCUGUGCCUUUUUAAUUUGAAAUUUUUUAUGAGAGGGGCUUAGUAGUAUUUGAACAAGGUACAUAUGGGGCACAGAAUUAUUUGAACAGCACAAAGAACAAAAAGUUAGGCUUAGUCAUCAUGUUAUAGUAGUAUAUGCCACUGUUUUAGACCAACGGAAGCAUCUCCUCACGAGGAUCAUGGCGAAAACAUCUGCUACGAAACGCCGAACGAAUCAAGAAGGUAUUCAGCUCAAAACCCUCAUCCACAACCUCAUCUCAACUCGAUCUACCGUCAAGUAUCUCAGUGGAACAUCACGGUACCUAUCUUCAAUGCUUUGUCAACGCUUUACACUCCUUGCCAAUCCAACUGCUUAUCAUGUCAAUCUUUCUGGGACAUGUUGUGAUCAGUGUCUACUACUGCACCCAGGUCAACACCAACUUUGACAUGGAGAACUUGUACUUGAAGGCGUCACCACUGACGCCAAUCUCUAGAAGAAUGCAGAGAUUUGUGCUGAAAGAGAGUUUUGUAGUCAAUUUUGUGGUCGAUCCUAUGCCGGAAUUCAAAAGCCAAGAAGAGAGGGAUCUAUUUCAUCAAAUGAUCGAUGAGUUGGAGAAUAUUCCCAAGUAUGGCAUGGGCAAAAAGGGCAGCAAUGUCUGGACAAGAGACUAUGAACAGGUAAAGAAGGGGCUUUGAAGAGGUUUUUAAGGAUAAAAAUGAGUUUUUAAGUUCUAGAGGCCUUGAUUUUUUACAUAUUUUGAAUUUCAGACCGCCGAAUACUUCCCAAUGGAAGAAGAAGAGGACAUUUGGGAACCAACUGUAGUACUGAAAAACUACAAAUUGUUCAGUUUGGACACUAAAAACAUUCAUACAUUGUAAGUAAUAAUUAUUUAUUUAUUUUUUGACACAAUAGCAUGAUUUUUGAUGGCAAAUUUUAAAAAAAAUUGGUGGAAAGAAAGUUCUUGCGGUUUUCGAAAUUUUUAAAAAUGUUUAUGAAAAUUGAAUUUUUAAGUAAAAGUUUUCAAGCCUAAAAGCAUAGUUUGAACAUGUUAAAACUUGAUUUUUGAGUGGAAAGAAAGUUCUUGCGGUUUUUAAAUUUUUUAAAAAUUUUGAAAAAUUUAAAAAAAAAUGCCAUUUUAUGUUAAAUUGAGGCCUAAAAAUCUUAAUUAAAAUUAAAAAAUCGUAUUUUAGAUUCAAAAACGGUGAACAGGUGAUAGACGCCUUUACUUUCCACAUUACCUAUCACAAUAUGGAGAACUUUAAUGAGGUCGAGGAAUUGCUAACCAAAAGAAGAGAGAUUCUGAAAAGAUAUGGCAAGAAAUUCCAUAUUAUGUCACACCACCCAUUGGAGAAGGUACCAACGGAAAGUGCUGCCAGUGCACCUAUUAACUUCAUUCAGACUGCUGGUAAGGGGAUCUUUUAAAUCUUAUUCUAUUUCACCCUAUCCUGCCUUACCUUACCCUAUCCUACCUUACCGCACCCGACUCUGCCCUACCCAUCCUUAUCCUACCCUGCCCUACCCUACUUUGUCUUGCCCUGCUUUACUCUACCCUACCUUACUUCGCUCUAUCUGAUUCUACUUGACUCUAAUCUAACCUUUGUUACUCUUUCCUGCCUUGCUUUCGAAUAUCCUACCUUGCUCUGGUUUCUUGAACUGGGGUGUCUUGUCUUGUCUUGCUUUGCUCUGCCUUGGUCUACCUAUUCUUGCCCUUACCUUUACUCUUACCUCUAACUCUACUUGUACCUUUAUUUUUAUUGCUACCCUUACCCUUAUUUCUAUUCUUUCUUAUAUCUUAACUUCUACUUGUAAUUCUACCUUCACGGCUACUUCUAUUUAUCAAAUUUGCAUUUAAUUCACCUAGUAUCGAUUAUUUAGUUUUUAUUAUUGCCAACUUAAACUAUACCCCUUUCUCUACUCUACUUUACUUCUUACCUUUACUUCUGUUCUGGUCGUUGUUUCUACCGCUAACCUACCCUACGCUACACUAAUUACCUCUACUCUUACCGUACUAUUUACUUCCAAGUUAGCCUUACACAUACCCCUAUCUUAACCCUACUAUCACCUUCAACCUACUUAUUAAUAUUUUUUUUAUUUUUAAAAUUUAAAAUUUUUUUACUAAUUUAUACCUGCUUUCAGUAUCAGCCAUCGUUCUCAUGUCGAUUCUUGUAUUCUUCUUCAUAAUGGAUUCAGAAGCCAUCUUCUCGGUGGUUUUAUCAAUUCUAUCGAUCAGUUCAGGAACUGUAGGAUACCUUUACUUAUGGUCGGUCAACUUGGAUGCGGUUUCUUUGAUUAGCAUGUUGAUGAGCAUUGGCUUCAGUGUGGAUUACAGUGCACACGUGUGCUAUCAUUACUACACUCAUCAGCCGAAAAGUGGCAAAACUGUAGGUUUUAUAUGAUUCAUGACAACUUUUGGGUGUUUUUUCAUGUCUUUGAUUAAAAAUGGCUUGUUUUUUUAAGAUAUUUAUGAUAUUUUUUUAAAGUGACAUGUUAUACGAUGAAACAUGUUUUUUUGAAAAAUUUUUAAAUUUGAAAAAAAAUGAAAAUUUUGUUUUUUUAGUUGAGAAAAUUCGUAUUUUACAUUUAAAAUGACUUUAUAAUUGUUAUUUUUGCAUAUUUUGCUAUAGUGACAUGUUAUACGAUGAAACAUGUUUUUUGAAAAGUUUAAAAAAUGCCAAAUUUGAUUAACUUUUAGUACUAAAACAAUAUAAAAAUCAUUUUCAGCGACAAAGAGCCACCUCAAUCAUGAUAACCGACGGAGAAAUUUACAAAAUUUCGGAAAAAGUCGACCAAAACAUCGCCUUACCCCUACCAACUGUACCAGUGGUACCAAAGCAGAAAAAGGAGAAAAUCGACACACACGAACGACUACUACACACCUUCUACGGUGUUGGCUGGCCCGUAAUCCAAAGUGGCUUGUCCACCGUGCUCGGCAUGAUCCCAUUGUUCUUCGUGGACGCGUACGUUGUAGCCGUCUUCUGGAAGACGAUCAUCCUGGUGACGGCGUUGGGCAUGUUCCAUGCGUUGUUUCUACUGCCGGUGGUGUUUGUGUUCAUGGGGAGGUUCAGGAAUUUGUUUAGACAGUAG